AUGGCCAUUUCAGUUGCUGGUCUCAAGACAGAAAAAAUCGUGGGUGGUCGUUUAUCCAAACUAAAUGAGAACAAGUACCAAGUUUCCAUACACAAGGGUUCCUCCCACAUUUGUGGUGGAGCACUCAUUGCUCCUAAUAUAGUUUUAACUGCAGCUCAUUGUUUUUAUGAUAAAAAAACAAUGACUAUCGAAGAAUUACCUUACGUGGUCGUGGCAGGGACGAUCAAUAGAAAUGAUAACACUCACAACAGUCCUGUAACCAAAGUAUAUGCUCACAAAGAUUACAGAACGUUGGAAAAUGGGAAAGUUGUAAACGACAUAGCUUUAUUAAGGCUCGAAAAUAAUUUCGAUGUGAGUGGCCGUCUGCCUAUUGGGUUGGCUUUAUUACCAGGUCAAAAAGAAGAUUUCACGCAACAGACAGCAUUAGUAUCAGGUUACGGUUGGGACGAAGUUAUCGUCAAAGGUGACGGUGGUAUUCCCAAGGAAGAAAUAAACGGUACUUCAUCGGGAAAAUUAAAGCAAGAGUAUGUAAAAAUCGUUGGGCCUGAUCAAUGUGGCGCACAAAAGAAUCCAAAUUUGUUGUGCGGUCAAAUGGUUCAAUCCUCCAAAAUUCAUCAAGGCGUUUGCUCGGGUGACAGUGGUGGACCUCUCAUGUUGGGGAAAAAAAUCAUUGGAAUCGUGAGUACAUCGCCGAUUGGAUGUGAUGAAUCACAAGUAUCAGCUACGUACACCAAAGUCUCUGAAUUCUUGGACUUUAUUCAGGACGCUAUGAAGGAUAAAAAAAGAAGCGACAUGACGGUGAAAACUAUCAACUUCGUUUACUUUGACAUACCAUCUCUACCACUGAAAGGAAAAACUAGUUCCCCUCAACUCCAAACAGUUCUUAAAUAUCUUCAAGUAACUUAUCCACAGUAUAAUGCGGAGCGUGAAAAGUUACAACAAUUGACUAUAGCAGUAGACGAUGCCGAGAAAGUUUUCAAAGCAUUGGAACCAACGGCUAGCGAUAGCGAAGCAAAUUAUAAAGUGUACGACGAUAAAUUCAAAAAAUAUCAAGCUAAACAUGCCGAAUACAAGGCUCAAUUUGAUGUGGUUAAAACAUUAGAAACUUCAAUGAUGGAUAUGCAAAAACAAAAAAAGACCAGGGUGUGUCAAAAUUUGUUACAGGGACCCUGA